UUGCAGAACCUGAAAGAAAUUCUUGAGCUUGCUGGAUCGUCCCUUGAGAAGGUUGUCAAGUACAAUGUAUACCUCGCCGACAUGAAGGACUUCGCUUCAAUGAACAAGGUAUACAUAGAUUUCUUGCCGAAGCCGAUGCCAUCGCGAACGUGUUUGCAGGCACUUCCUCCUGGUGAUGGUACCGUCAUUGAAAUUGAAUGCAUUGCACAGGCAUGA